UGUCUGCGCUGUGCGCCCCGAGCCCGAGCCGGAGCCGCGGACUGGAAGGCCCUGUCCAUGGCCGGGUCCCCCCGCCGCGCCGCGAGCCGGCGGCUGCAGCUGCCCCUGCUGUGCCUCCUCCUCCAGGGCGCCACCGCCAUCCUCUUUGCGGUCUUCGUCCGCUACAACCACGAAACCGACGCCGCCCUCUGGCGCUGGGGCAACCACAGCAACGUGGACAAUGAAUUUUACUUUCGCUACCCAAGUUUCCAGGACGUGCACGUCAUGGUCUUCGUGGGCUUCGGCUUCCUCAUGGCCUUCCUGCAGCGAUAUGGCUUCAGCAGCCUGGGCUUCACCUUCCUCCUGGCCGCCUUUGCCCUGCAGUGGUCCACGCUCGUCCAGGGCUUCUUGCACUCCAUGCACCAGGGCCACAUCCACGUCGGCGUGGAGAGCAUGAUCAACGCAGACUUCUGUGCUGGGGCUGUGCUCAUCUCCUUUGGUGCCGUCCUGGGCAAGACUGGGCCGGCUCAGCUGCUGCUCAUGGCCCUGCUGGAGACCGUGCUGUUUGGCAUCAAUGAGUUUGUGCUCCUCAGUCUCCUGGGGGUGAAGGACGCAGGAGGUUCUAUGACUAUCCACACGUUCGGGGCCUACUUCGGGCUGGUCCUCUCGCGGGUCCUCUACCGGCCCCAGCUGGAGAAAAGCAAGCAUCUCCAGGGCUCCGUCUACCAUUCCGACCUCUUUGCCAUGAUUGGCACCAUCUUCCUGUGGAUCUUCUGGCCCAGCUUCAACUCUGCGCCCACCACGCUGGGGGACGGGCAGCACCGAACAGCCCUCAACACAUACUACUCCCUGACGGCGAGCACCCUCGGCACUUUUGCCUUGUCGGCCCUGGUUGGGGAGCACGGACGGCUGGACAUGGUCCACAUCCAGAACGCCGCACUGGCCGGAGGGGUUGUGGUGGGGACAGCAGGGGAGAUGAUGCUGACACCCUUUGGGGCCCUGGCAGCUGGCUUCCUGGCUGGGACAGUCUCCACACUGGGGUACAAGUUCUUCACGCCCAUCCUUGAGGCGAAAUUCAAAGUCCAAGACACAUGUGGUGUCCACAACCUCCAUGGGAUGCCUGGGGUCCUGGGAGCCCUCCUGGGGGUCCUCGUGGCUGGGCUGGCCACCCAUGAAGCUUAUGGAGAAGGCCUAGACAGCGUGUUUCCGCUCGUCGCCGCGGGCCAGCGCACCACCGCGUCCCAGGCCAUGCACCAACUCUUCGGGCUGUUUGUCACACUGACGUUUGCUUCUGUGGGGGGGGGCCUCGGAGGUGUCCUGUGGAGACCGCAUGCCUCCCAGCCCCUCCCCCCCUCCCCUCCCCCCAACAGGGCUCCUGCUGAGGCUGCCCUUCCUGGGCUCCCCUCCGGAUCCCCAGUGCUAUGAGGACCAGGUUUACUGGGAGGUGCCCGGGGAGCAUGAGGAUGAAGCCCAGGGCCCCCUGAGGGCGGAGGAGCCAGACACCCGGGCCUAACUUGCUUCCAGCCCUCGAGAGAGGACGCUCUCCUAGAAGAGGGUGCCGGCUACCAUAGGGAAGUUCCUUUCUAGCUGCCGUCCCUCCUGCUGCAAAAAAGGCUGAGCGUCUGCGGCUCUGGGGGCAGGGCGGUGGAAGGUGGGGAGAUGGGGGGCCGCACCUGGCAGAGGUCGGGGGAGAACUCACAGCGCCCCCCCCACCACCACCACCCCUCGGGGACUGUUUAGCGAGGCAUCUGACGUGGCAGUCACAGCGAAGCGUGCGCCAGGCCCUGCAGUCGGGGUGAUAAAUACCACCCGCAC